UCAUGUUAGUUUUCAGGGGAUGAUAACUGGAGUCAGGAUGAGAGUACUUGAGGUGUUUCUCUUAGCAGUGCUGGGCUGCAGUCUGGCUGAAGGGAGACUUGUGUCCAAAUGUGAACUGAAGGACCAACUGAUGACGGCAUUUGGUGCACUGCUGGUGAAGGCUGAAAAAGGGCAGAGUGUGGAGAACUUAGUGGCCAAGAUCGUCUGUCACGUGGAGCUGACGUCACAGUUUAACACCAGUGCAGUGAAACAGCUGACUCCCAGAAUGGAAAACCAUCAUAGUAGGGAGAAAAGGGAAGCAGACCGUAAGGGCUCGUUUGGCAAGGACGAGCGUGAAGACCACUCCAGAGAGCGUGAACACCACUCCGGAGAAAGGCCGCGCCCAUCAAAACCCAGGCACACAUCAACCACCCGUCCCACACCAUCCACCAAUCAACAAUCAACAACCUUCACCAAUAACACAGAACCCAUUCUUCCCACACUAUCCACAAACCCAAACCAGUCUGGUGAGCCCUCAACCACAAUCCAGGCCAGGAACCGACGGGACGUCAAGCCGCCUAAAUCAAACACCCGCCCCACACUGCAUCCUCAUCCCACACCACACACCCCUCCCAAAAACUCCACACGACCCACUCGCCCUUCACACCUGGGUGGGCAUAAGGACCCCUUAAUCACAAUCCGACCCCACGCCAGGGAGCGACGGCACGACAGGCAGCGUCCAUCAAAAACUCACCCCACACUGCCCACUCAUCCCAAACCCUCCACCCGCCCCACACCAUCCACAUACCUUCCACACCUGGACGAGGAGGUCUGGACCCUCUAUGGUCUUUUCCAGCUCAGCAGUCACCUGGUCUGCAACGGCACAGCUCUUUCACCCAACAUCUGUGAGAUGGACUGCAACAACUUGAUUGAUGACAACAUCAGUGAUGACAUCAGCUGCUUGGUUACAUUCCUCAACCAGCUUGUUACGAAAGGUUUCAGGGCGCCCACCCAGAAGGAGUUAAGCAGAAUGAUCAGGCUAAUCUUUCAGGAAGAGUGCAGUAUUCGGGAUGCCUCUGAGUACUUCGCUGAAUGUGCUUAACCUGAAUACAUUCAGUGCCUUAACUACCACUGGAAAGAUUAACCACCACUCAAAUGAGUGGCCAGUGAUUUAUGACAAUAAUAAAGUGAAGCAUGUAGCACUUGUUGCAUUAUGUGUCUAUAAUCCAGAAAAGUGUCACAAUGUAGACUGAUGAAGGAAUUUCCACAAAAUGCACUCAAUAAAGUCAAGUCAAUAAAGAUAAAUAGAAGACUUUAAAUGGUCCUAUAAA